UCACCAACAAAUGGCUCACAGGGGGGAAGCAAUCCUUUUUGGAAUCAGGAAGAGACAACUGGCCUGGGCUAGCCUUGGACUCGGGAUCCUGCCUCUGUCUCCCAGUGCUAUUGUGACAAGUGUGCCUCACCGCCAGGCUUGAUCUAAAUCCCACUUCUUCCCCUUGUGUGUGGAGACCAGAGGACAUUCUCCUUAGCUUAGAGCCCACUCUUUCGGCUAGGCUGGAUGUCCAGGGGUUGCCAGGAUCCACGGCCUCCACCCACAGUGAUGGACCACAAGCCAGUAUCACCUACCUCUCUGGAUUUUAUCUCAACCCCCCACCAAAGACUUUAAGCAUGAGGGUUAAGAGAGAGAAAGCCCCCCCCUGACCCCCAGCAUUCAGGUGCCAACUUCUCUGAUGUGGAGCCCUGGCUCCAAGUCUUCAUAGGAUCUGGGUGGGUUCAAAGCUCCUGAGUUCACAGGGGGAUUCUGGGGCAUCCAUACAAGAACAACCGGUGAAGAAAACACCUGGCCCCCAGCUGCAGACUGAUAAGACAUCUUUACUUAACCAAGGUCUUGCUUGAGGUUCUCAGAAAGUGUCCAGGCUGACCAGGAAAAAGAGGCCCCACCCAAGGCCACACACACUCAGGGCUUCAGCCUGCCCCAUUGUUACCCUAGUGUGAAGUAUGUAUACACGGAAGGACAGGCUGGUGAGACGGCCCGGAGGGCGAAGGUGCUUGCAGUCAAGCUGAUGACCUGAGUUGAUCCUCAGGACACAUGAGGUAAAUAAAAGGUGAAAAGUGACACCUGCAAGUUGAUAUCUACAUGUGUGUCAUGACAUCUGCAUGUGUGUUGUGACAUCUGCAUGUGUGUCGUGACAUGCAUGCAUUGUAUCCUAAAGGACUAAGUGUAAAAAAAAUAAAAACCUAUGUAAGAAAUGUACUGACUGUCAUCCUAGUGAGAGGCUCGGGACUCUGAGAUGAGACAUCCCUCUUUCCUUCCUUCCUGCCCUCAAGUGUUCCAGGCACCACUUCCCAGAGUCUCCUUGCCGAGGACCCAGCUUCCAACCCACGGACCCUUGGGAACACAAUCCUUAGUCUACAAAGCAGUUGACUGCUGAAGGGUCACAGUUUGGUCAAAACACAGUCUUGUUCUCUCCUCAGUGACAGCCUGCAAGAGCAGUUGCAGGUGAGUUUGUGGGGACUGGGUACAGCCUGGUGCCAUGGCCCUAGGCUUCCAGUUCCUCAGAUGUAUUUAUUUUGGAAACUUCAGCCCUGGGCACAGAGUCUAUGGUCUUUCUCAGGAUCUGACUGUUCAAAAAUGCUUGGUGGUACAUGCCUGUCACUCCAGCAGUCAGAGGGCCUGAGGCAGAAAGGUCAUGAGCUGGAGUCAGCCUGCCUACAUGGGGGGAUCUAGUCUAGCUUAGGCUACUAAGCAAGAACCUGCCUCAAAGAAAAAGUAAAGCUUAGAUCGCUUUGGGCACAUAAGCACAAGUGAGCCAUUGUUCACUGGUGCAAUUGCCUGUUCAGUGAGUGAGUGAAUGAAUGAAUGAAUGAAGCCAAGGUGGGAGGGGCCCCUGAAUCACCUGCCUGCCCCUUCUCACAGCUGUGUCCUUAAUUGUCAGUGUCUCACCACCAAACUAAAAGCUGUGAAGUUCCCACGUUUUGACCUGUUCAUAACAUAUGUAAUGUGUGUGUGUGUGUGUGUGUGUGUGUGUGUGUGUGUGUGUGUGUGUGUGUAAGAGUGGGGAGGUCAGCUUAGCGCACACCCCUCAUCCCAGCACUAGGGAGGAGGAGGCAGGAGGAUCAGGAGUUGGAGCGCAGCUUCCGCUACAGUGAUUUUGGGUACAGCACACUCAAACAACAACAACAAACGCAAAAACAGGAUGUAGGCUGGAGAGGAGGCUCCAGGUGAAGAGCAACUGCUAUUCUUGCUGAGGACCCGAGUUCAGGUGCAAGCUUCACAGCCACCUGUCACUCCGGCGCCAGGCGAGCCGACGCCCUCUUCGGGCCUCCGUGGGCAUUGCACGCAGACUCACCAACAAAAACCUUUCCAAAAAGGAAAAUGUUUUCAGUCUGUGGACUGGGAAAGAACCGGCGGAAAGCCGGAGUCCGCUGCUCCCCUUAGAUGGUCAGCGCCUCUGCGUCUGGCAGAGUCACGGCAACUCGGAAAAACGCGCUGCCUCCACGCGCGCCGCCCGCCGGCCCUCGCGCGCCUCCUUCGAACCAACCCAGAGCCGCGCGCCUCCCGCCAGGCCCCACCCUUCCCCACAGCGAUUGGCCAAGCUUCUACUCGAGGAGCUACCCUUCAUCCCUGACGGGCACCAUGAGCAGCCAAUGGAAAGAGCGCCCGCCCUCCCCGAGGCCGUUGGAGGCGGGCAUGGGCGGGCCGUUGGGGGGGCGGGGCGUGCAGCCUGGUAACCGUUGCCGGGCGCAACGCCCCGCCCCGCGAGGGCUGCGCGAGGCCGAAGCGGGCGGGCGCUAGGUGCGGGCGGGCGGGCGGCGGGAGCCGGAGGAGGAGCGGCCGGCGCCGCCACCGCCGCCGCCAUAGAGACUGUAGCCGUGGAGACUGUUACUUGCCAACGCGGAGCGACACGCAGCGGCCGCCGCCGCGGGAGCCGCUACCCGAACUCCCCGCCGAACUCCAGGUCCGAGCAUGCAGAACUCCGAGGGCGGAGCAGAUUCGCCAGCAUCAGUGACUCUGCGACCUGCAGCCCAGCCCGUGCCAGCCUCCCCACAGAGGGUACUGGUUCAAGCCGCAGGCUCGACUCCCAAGGGGGCACCGAUGCAGCCACUCACCCUCCCCAGAGUCCAACCGGUGCCACCACAGGUGCAGCAUGUGUACCCCGCGCAGGUGCAGUACGUGGAGGGUGGGGACGCAGUCUACGCCAACGGAGCCAUCCGAGCGGCCUAUGCCUACAACCCAGACCCUCAGCUCUAUGCCCCCAGCAGUGCAGCGUCUUACUUUGAGACUCCGAGUGGCGCUCAGGUGACAGUGGCGGCCUCCUCCCCACCGGCAGUCCCUUCCCACGGCAUGGUGGGCAUCACCAUGGAUGUCGCAGGGACCCCCAUCGUGUCUGGCGCGGGAGCCUACCUCAUCCAUGGGGGCAUGGACAGCGCGAGACACUCCCUGGCCCACACCGCGCGCUCCUCGCCUGCCACGCUUGAAAUGGCGAUUGAGACUCUCCAAAAAAGCGAAGGCCUCGCCCCCCACAAAGGCGGCCUGCUCAACAGCCAUCUCCAGUGGCUUCUGGAUAAUUACGAGACAGCGGAAGGCGUGAGCCUGCCCCGCAGCUCCCUGUACAACCACUACCUGCGCCACUGCCAGGAGCACAAGCUGGAGCCCGUCAACGCCGCGUCCUUCGGCAAGCUCAUCCGCUCUGUGUUCAUGGGCCUGCGCACGCGGCGCCUGGGGACCAGGGGCAACUCGAAGUACCAUUACUAUGGGAUCCGCCUGAAGCCGGACUCCCCUCUGAACCGAUUGCAGGAAGACACACAGUACAUGGCCAUGAGGCAGCAGCCCACACACCAGAAGCCCAGGUACCGGCCAGUCCAGAAGUCAGACAGCCUUGGGGAGAGCGGCACUCACAGCAACCUGCACAGCACACCCGAGCAGGCCAUGGCCACUCAGGGCCAGCAUCACCAGCAAUACAUAGAUGUGUCCCACGUCUUCCCAGAGUUCCCGGCACCUGACCUAGGCAGUGCGCUGCUUCAGGAGAGUGUCACCCUUCAUGAUGUGAAGGCCCUGCAGCUGGUGUAUCGCAGGCACUGUGAGGCCACCUUAGACGUCGUCAUGAACCUCCAGUUUCAGUACAUCGAGAAGCUAUGGUUGUCCUUUUGGAACUGCAAGGCUACCUCUAGUGACGGACGUGCCUCGCUGCCUGCCAGCGACGAAGAGCCGGAGGUCACCCUCCUCCCCAAGGACAAGCUCAUCUCUCUGUGUAGAUGCGAGCCAGUUCUGCAGUGGAUGCGCAGCUGUGACCACAUCCUGUACCAGGCGCUGGUGGAGACCCUCAUUCCAGAUGUGCUGCGACCCGUCCCCAGUUCCCUGACUCAGGCCAUCAGGAACUUCGCCAAGAGCUUAGAGGGCUGGCUCAUCAAUGCCAUGAGCGGCUUCCCUCAGCAGGCCAUCCAGACCAAGGUAGGCGUCGUGAGCGCCUUCGCACAGACCCUGCGGCGCUACACAUCCCUCAACCACCUGGCUCAGGCCGCGCGAGCCGUGCUGCAGAACACGUCACAGAUCAACCAGAUGCUGAGUGACCUCAACCGCGUGGACUUUGCCAAUGUUCAGGAGCAGGCCUCGUGGGUGUGCCAGUGUGAGGAGAGCCUGGUACAGCGCCUGGAGCAUGACUUCAAGGUGACCCUGCAACAGCAGAGCUCGCUGGACCAGUGGGCCAGCUGGCUGGACAAUGUGGUCACUCAGGUGCUGAAGCAGCACGCCGGCAGCCCCAGCUUCCCCAAGGCCGCCCGCCAGUUCCUGCUCAAGUGGUCCUUCUACAGCUCCAUGGUGAUCCGGGACCUGACCCUGCGCAGUGCGGCCAGCUUUGGCUCCUUCCACCUCAUCCGGCUGCUGUAUGAUGAGUACAUGUUCUACCUGGUGGAGCACCGCGUGGCCCAGGCCACGGGGGAGACGCCCAUUGCCGUCAUGGGCGAGUUCAACGAUCUGGCCUCCCUGUCACUGACACUGCUGGACAAAGAGGACACUGGGGAUGGACACAGCAGUGAGACAGAUGUGGAUGGCCGCAGCCUGGGCGAGCCCCUGGUGAAACGGGAGCGGAGUGACCCCAGCCACUCACUGCAGGGCAUCUAGCCCCUUCCACGCGCUCCCGGAAGGCGUCGCCUCUAAGGACCUGGACUCUCAGCCUAUCACACUAGUGCCUCUUAGAUGAUGCCAUGUUUACUGUGACCCAAGGUGCCCCUCCCCCAGAAGGCCACAGACCGUGGGGAACGAACGGCGAUGGUUGCUGAAGCUGCCCACAGCCCGCUAAGGUAUCCCUGGGGAUACAGCGACCCAUCUGUCCCCUGUCCCAACACCCUUCCCUGCUGCGUGUGCGAGUUGUGAGGCACAUCCCCCAGAAGAGCCCCAGCUGCCCCCAUGGCUUUUCUUCUCUGCUGCUCUCAACUUAAACCAUCAUUUCAAAGAAAAACCAACCCUAGGAGCAGGAGGGACGGAGCUGCUCACCAGGCACUGACCCCUGUGCUCUGGUCUCCAUGCACCUCAUGGCCUCUCAUGGACGGGCGAGGCCUCCAGGUGCAGGCCCUGACCUAGGUGGAUCGCAGAUGCUAAAGGCAUCUCGUCUCAUCCCGGACAGGUCCAAACCAAGAAGAAAACACUCCGUACACGGCCCACUCACAUCAGCCGGUCAAACGUCCAUUCAGGGUUGGCGCCAAGCUAACCCAGGGGGCCUGGGUUGGGUUUGCCCAAGUGGCCUCAGUGGUCAGCACCGUGUCCAUGCCUCCCAGCGGCACUCAGCAACCUUUGUGCACCACAGUGCCUGGGCCCUGCAGUCUUCCAGACACCACCUGAAACAAGCCAUGCUGUCUGCUCUGGCCUGUGGCUGACCCCUUCUCAACUCCAGACCCCAAGAUCUUUGGGGACACAUGAACACCAAGGCUGUGCGGGCCCUGAGUUCUAGACGCCCCAACGCGUGGCCAUCAUACUUCACUGCGAUCGCAUGUCAAGAAUUCUGCCCCAAACACAAGCUCCCCCCACAAUCUAGGAAGCGCCUCAUGAAAUCCGAUAGUUUUUCUCUUUUUGGAAAGAUGUUCCCUGAUAGUUUGUGCUGUAAUUGUUCUUAGGAAGUUCUUGUGGAUGUGUCCAUCACAACACA